GCUCCAAUACACUGCAGCAUCAAUUGUAUCCGCGCGAAUGAUAUUUACGCAUUCUUCUUUCACAGCAUGCGCUGCAUCUGCUUGGCGGUUGAGGUGAGGUCGCAGAAGUCGGACGCGGGACGCCUUACGGAGGCGCAGUUGCGAUUAAGCAUAUCUUACUCGGGUCCCGUUCCAGCAUGCGGGUGGAAGAACGCGGUGAAAUGCUACCCCGCCCUGCUUCAUCGUGAUCGUAUAUAGUGGUAAUGGGUUGCCAGCCUUGUGCUUCACAUUACCAUCUUCCUCGCGCUAAAAAAAACCUUCUUUCCUCCAGUCUUCCACCAUAACCCCUUCUGUCUUCUCCCUGCGAUAAACAUGACCCAUGAUACAGCCAUGAAGUCCACAGUACUCUCCUUGGCCCUGCAAGCCAUUUCCCUCCUCGCCUCGACGACCCUCUUUGCUCUCUCGAUUGCAACAGUCGUCCUCGUGACACACUACAGUGAAGGAGUAGACGAAAGAGUUCCAGAAGGUAGCUACACAUGGUACGGACCUCUCGGCUCAGGUGAACGCAGAGCGUAUUGGGAGGAAUAUGACGCUGGGAAUAGAGACUUCAACAAAGUAUAUAUGGAAUAUGUGACGAGCAACGACAUCUGCGUCCUGGUGAGCGGCUGCGUUGGGCUGGUUGCCGGGUUUGUGGGAUGGCUGACGGUGGCCUUCAUGAUGAUGAAGGAAAAGAACUCCAAGACUGCUGGCUCACGCUUCCCAUGGGUGCUAGCCUGCUCGAUCUUCUUUGGCCUCGCCGCCUUCGCGAUGUCACUUACCUCCACCAUCAUGACCUUCGAGACUAAGAAACGUUUGGAACGCUCGACAUGCAUACCUAGUGCUGCAUACUCAUCAGACAACCCGUACUUCGUCUGUACGCGCGAGCUAGCUGCUUGCAGCAUAUUCGAGAUGGUUUACAUGGAGGAUAUGGAUCACAGCAAAAAGAUGUGCAGCGAAGCGCAGGCGAGCAGGAGGAUGUUGAUUCCGACUUUGAUCUGCGCGGUGGUGCUUGUCAGCACGUGGAUUACGCAAGCUAUUGUGAGCAAGAAGGGAGCUAAUGCUGUCGCCGACAAGAGGGUACAGAACUUGCAGGAGCAGGAAGAGGCGAAUUAGGGGGCUGGAAACGGCAUAAAAUCGUACAAAGAAUGAGAGUGAGAGGAUGUGAGGGUGUUCGAAUGAACGUGGGGGUAAGGAAGAUAUGAAUGAGGA